AUGAUAUGCGGAGGAUUGGCCGGAAUGAUUGCCAAGACGGCUACAAAUCCGCUGGAACGGAUCAAAAUGCUGUCGCAAACAGGAGAACACAGCGGAUCCAACACAGUUGUUGGCCUUUAUCGAGACAUCCUUCGUAACGAAGGGGUUGUGGGCUUAUGGGCGGGCAACGGUGCCAACUUGCUCCGCGUGUUUCCAGCCAAGGCCAUUGUCUUCAGUAGCAAUGAUAUAUACAAAAAGACAUUGCGAACGACCUCUCAAACACCUUCCGAUCAAGCACUGUCAACGCCUCUUUCAUUUUUGGCCGGGGGCUUGUCGGGAAUGACGGCGAGUGCCUUAACCUACCCCUUGGAUUUUGCCCGCGGAAGGAUCUCAGGAAAGCUGGGAGCUGCUGGCAAGAAAGCCUACGGGGGAAUUUUAGAAACAGUCCGUCUGACGGUAAAGGACGAAGGAUUCUUGGCGCUUUAUAAGGGCGUCACACCGACACUGAUGGGUGCAAUGCCCUACGAAGGUAUCAAGUUUGGAACUGUGGGGGUUUUGGAAUCCAUUUUUCCUCACGAGGGCGACACGCCGCAACCUCUCAAGAAAAUGCUAUACGGUGGUCUCGGCGGAAUCAUGGCGGGUCUCAUUACGUAUCCCAAUGAUACCAUUCGGCGAUUGCUUCAGCUACAAGGUAGCCGAGGAACCUCUGUACAAUAUGCAGGGUAUUGGGAUUGUGUGCGACAAACUUACCAAAAAGAAGGCAUCCGUCGUUUUUAUCGAGGUCUGACAAUCAAUUUGAUACGAAUGGCUCCCAAUGCUGCUGUACAGUUUGGCUCUUAUGAAUUUCUCAAGCAAUGGUCGGCCAAAUGGUUCUGA